GAUCAUGUGCUCCUGCAGCGGCAAUAUGGCGGGACUGGCACGCGCUGAACUGCAGGAAUACGGCAGAAGUUCAUGUUUCAUGUAUAUCUCGGCAGUAUUUCUGCUGCUCGUGUGUCGUGUAAACGCUCAGUCGGGGGAUAAUCAUGUGCUGACAGUGGCCGAUGCGAACUGGACGCUCAUCCUGCAGGGCGAGUGGAUGAUCAAAUUUUAUGCUCCCUGGUGCCCGGCGUGCCAACAUUUACAAGCAGACUGGGAGAAUCUGGGAAGACAAAGUGAAAGUCUAGGCAUAUCAGUGGGCAGGGUGGACGUUACUCAACAACCAGGUCUGAGUGGGAGGUUUCUGGUUACAACACUGCCGACUAUAUUUCACGCUAAAGAUGGGGAUUUCCGCAAAUAUGUUUCAUCGCGGACUAUUGAGGAUAUCCAAGCUUACGUUGUGGACCGAAAGUGGGCGACGGUUGAUCCGGUGCCAGGAUGGAAGUCACCAUCCUCUCUUCUAAUGUCCGGAAUGGCUAAUCUGUUUCGUCUCUCCGUGUGGAUCCGACAAAUCCACACGUACCUGACAAAUGCUCUCGGUAUUCCUUCUUGGGGUUCUUACGUGAUAUUUGCCAUCAUCACGCUAUUUAUGGGACUGAUACUCGGCCUGAUGCUGGUUCUGAUCGCUGACUGCAUUUGGCCGUCCAGAACAAAGCGUAGAGAAGACAAAAGAGUUGUGAUUGUGAAAGAGGAAGUGUCAGAGGAAGAGGUGGAGGAGAAACACACGUCUGACCUGGACAACGAGAGCGAGAGAGUGUCUGGAGACGACUCGACUGAAGAAGAAGAAGAAGAAGCCGGCAGUGGCAGUGAGCAGAUGCUGAGUUCAGUGAGGAAACGCAAACCACAGGGACCGGACACUGCCGAGGGAACCUAAUGUGAUCCUCUCCACCGCCAAAAACAAGAGGAAGCAGCCAUAUCUGUAGAGAUGCAAAGCAGCGCCAGCUAUCGGCUGAUCUCUGCGCCAUUCGACGCUUUCCUCGCAUUUUACUUGCUUCUCGCUGCAGUUUAAUUCACUUCAGCUUUUAAGACUGGUUGCUUAAAGGAGUAGUUCAACUUUGGCUGAUAAUUUACUCGCCC